ACUACGUAUUUCCGCCAGUUUCAACACCGCGCUAGCUAGAGAGCAGGGGAUAAACAAUCCCAUCUCACCGCCGAUAGUUCUUUGUUCCUUUUAGCAUCUAGCCUUACACUUUACCGCCAACAUGGCCGAUAAGAUGAGUAUGUCCCUGGACGACAUUAUCAAGAUGAAUAAGAAGAGCAGCGGAGGAGGAGGCUCGAACAGGUCGAGGGGAAGUUCAGGACGGACCGGCGGAUCAUCGAGGCCGCCUGCGCGGAGUCGACAGAAUAACUUCAACCGUGAGAGAAACAACAGAUCCACACCGUACACCAGGCCCAGAGAGUUGCCAGACAAGUGGCAACAUGACAUGUUUGAGGAGCACGUUGGGGGACGGAGAGGACAGACCGUCGUAACAGAACGGAGUGUAGAAAGCAGCGGCAAGCUCCUGGUGUCCAAUCUAGACUUUGGUGUUUCUGACUCUGAUAUCAAGGAGUUAUUUGCAGAGUUUGGGGAAUUAAAAAAUGCAUCUAUACACUACGACCGCUCUGGUCGCAGUAAAGGAACUGCGGAUGUCCACUUCGAGAAUAAGGCAGAUGCAGUCAAAGCCAUGAAGCACUAUAACGGAGUCCCACUUGAUGGCCGCCCUAUGAAAGUCCAGCAAGUGACUUCAGAGUUUGAUGACGAGAGUAGACCGUCAGUGCAAAGCAGGGGUUUUGACCGGAGCAGGCUUGGUCAGCCAAAGUUUGAAAGGAGUGAAAGGAGCGACAGACGUGACAGAAAUGACAGAAGCGAAAGGAGACAAGGGGGCAGCAGUGGAGGAUUCAGAGGAAGGGGAGGAGGAGGAAGAGGAAACAGACCCCGACUUACUGCUGAGGAGCUUGAUGCUCAGUUGGAUGCGUACAAUGCCAAAAUGGACACCAGCUAGAAGUGCUCAGUGAAGAGGCAGCUCAUUCCAACUUUUAUUUUUCAGUUUGGAGGAUUUAUUAAGCGGGAUUAGACAACAUUUUUGGUUUGAAGCCAUUUUGUUGUGGAAAGUGUUUGAUUUUUUUAUUUUGAUAUUUUUAAGUUUUUGUAGGAAUGUUUUUAUGAUUUGAGCAUUUUUCUCUUUGGUCACCAGCUCCUUUGUCUUUUUUCAAAUUGACAGCUCCUUUAAACCUGCAAAAGGAUUAAUUUAACAUCUAGUCAACACGAUUCAAUGAUGUGACGGACUGUUAACUGUAAUGUUGAAAAUGUGAUAUAUUGUAUAUAAAUCUGCCAUUUGGAACUGUAAACUUGACAUAUGAACAUAUUACAAAGAUUUUUGUACAUAAAUGA